GGGGGGAAAAAACAAGUGUGUGGAGCCAAGAAACAGGUCUGACCUCAGUUACUGGGACUAAGCAAGGCGUUGUUUAAAGAGUCUCUAAAGUGUGGGUGGACAAGAUAACAUGAACACCACCACUGAGCCAGGCUCCAAUUUCACCUUUACCUCUAACAUAGGAAACACCACUCUGUCCAGCCUAUUAAGCACCACCAGCUCUCGCACCAAUCGACAGCCUCCAUCCUAUUCUUCAGUCAUCCACGACCCAGAAUUCACCAUUGCUGUGGUGCUGGGCUUAUCGCUGCUGCUGGCAGGGUUAGCAGCAUUCCUGGCACUGUGCCGGCCAUCUGAACAGGAUGGGAACUCUGAGGCAAGCCGUGGCCCAGGGGAGGGCUUGACCCGUAGAAGGAGCCGGAACAGUGAGCCUCAGCUCAAGAAGUGGAGGAGGCUGGGGUCAUACCGGCGUUCAUACAACCUCUCCUUCAGACGACCGCCCCAUCGCAGGCCACACGAGCAUGGGAGCCGACAUGCGCCUCAGUCUCCAGCCCGACAGGCACCCCAGCCAGAAGCCAGCACAGAGUCCCACCUCACCACACCGUGUCUGUUUGACUAUGUCACUGAAAUCUGACUUGAGGACAUGCUGAGCUGCCUAACUGCUGCCCAAAACAAGUGAUACACUGCAUAUUUUAUAUUUUUAAAGCUGCAAACAUCACUAAUACCAGGUGUUUUUCAUGUACUCUUCACUAAAAGUACAUGAAAAACUAUUUUUAGCAUCUGUUUUAACAUACUUUGAAUAUUAGAUGAGAUGAGCUUAACAACAAUAUACGUGCUUAAAAUUUAGGCAAUCAAAAAGCCACUGUGGCAGGGUUCACACAUUUUUGUGACUGAUCAUUUUACCUUGUACAGCAGGUGACAUUAUAGGACAUGAACUUUUACAGCACAGCUCAGUAUAUUUUCACUUGAGGUAAACAUUAUUUAAUGCCAAUUACAGUCCUCUUGAACAGCAGCAAUUCAGCUAAAUCUUUAUAUGUUAAUUGUUCUGGUGCUGUAAACUCUAUCCAGCCAAUUCAGGUCAAUUAAGACAAACACCAAAUCCAUGCAUGUUUCAAAACACCAUGGUUUACCAGCGCUGACAAGACAAAUACAAUCUGAGCCAAAAAAGACAACAUUUUGUAACAGAUUCUUUGCGCUUUAUGAUUUUCAGAAAUAAAGUGGUUUUAUUGUU